AUGAAGCUUUUGGGAACCUGGCGAAGUACUUUGAAAGUUGGUGAAUUACUUGAGAAGCUGGUGACUUUCUCGGGAAUUUGGUUCAGUCCUUGUUCUCUCCCGUGUACACUGGAGGGAACACCCAGACAGCCUACGGUGGCUCUCAGCGCGGUCGAUCUAGGACGGGAAAAACAUUUCCACCGUACUUCAUUGCUCAUCAAAGCAUUCAACCACAAAUUUCGCCUCGACCUUGAGCUCAAUACGCAACUUCUUGCGCCAAAUUUGGUACAAAAACAUUUCCUGCCAAGCGGUGCCGAACAGGUCUCUAAGCAGGAGAUAGAGCACUGCUACUACCAUGGCACUGUCAAGGACUAUCCCGGUGCCACCGCAGCCUUCCACACGUGUAACGGGGUCAGCGGGGUCAUCCACGUGGGCAACGAGACCUUCGUGAUCCACCCCUUCUACGGCGGCGACUUGUCGAAACACCCUCACGUGAUCUUCGAGGCGAAGACGAAGCCGAACAAGGGGUGUGCCAACUUGCCUAGACUAAAGUGGGAGAUGGCUAACACUCAGCAGACCAAACAUGUAGCGGCGCUCGUCGGCGAGGCAGCUCCGACACGGUACCGGCGGGACGUCAGCGAAGCUACCAAGUACAUCGAGACCGCCGUCGUCAUUGACAAAGGCAUGUUCGAAAAGAGAAACGGAAGUACGAGAACGGAAGUUGUCCACGACGCGAUUCAAGUGGCCAACAUCGCUGAUUUGUAUUUCCGCACGCUCAACACUCGAGUAUCCGUUGUAUAUAUCGAGACGUGGCAAGGAUCGAACCAGGCACCAAUUGAUAAGAGUCAAAGUAUCAACAGAGCAUUGCACAAUUUCAAUGACUACACGUCAAGAAAACUUUACAGGGUUGAGAAGGAUACUACGCAACUACUAACAGGGGAAGAGUUCACAAGCGGUGAAGCGGGGAUGUCCGUGGAGGACACGGUGUGUACGGCCAAGUCAGUCGGAAUCAGCGUCGACGUGAAUCCUUACGAGCUUCACCUCCUCGCCGGGACCAUGGCACACAUGAUUGGGCACAACAUCGGCAUGGGCCACGACGGAGGAAGGGAGGAGUGUCACUGCCGCGACUGGCACGGGUGUAUUAUGGCGCAGAGUAUCGUGGGACUGGAGAACGUGCAGCCCUACAAGUUCAGCGAGUGUUCGCGUUCAGAUUACAACAGCGCCUUACGCACCGGCCGAGGCAUCUGCCUUCUCAACAAGCCCAAUGAACUGGAGGUGCGGAGAACGUGUGGAAAUUCCAUUGUAGAAGAUGGAGAAGAAUGUGACUGCGGCACUAUCGAGGAAUGUCAUGAACAAGACCCCUGCUGCGACCCCAUUACCUGCAAGCUGACCAAGGGUUCCCAGUGUGCGUCAGGGCCCUGCUGUAACGACUGUAAGUUGAGACAGCGGGGCAUCGUUUGUCGUGAAGCCACCAACGAAUGUGACCUGCCGGAGCACUGCAAUGGGGAGACGGGCAACUGUCCCCAGGAUGUUCACAAGAAGAACGGAAAUCCUUGCGGAGAUACCAACCAUCCUGGGUACUGCUUCAACGGAUAUUGUCCCACGCUCAACAUCCAGUGUGCUGUCAUAUGGGGAUAUGGAGGUCAAGGAGGAGAUCCGGAGUGCUUCAAACAAUUCAACUCCAAAGGUUCCAUCAAUGGACAUUGCGGGAGAGAUGAGGGCAAGCAGUUCAUCAAGUGUGACCAAGAGAACGUGAGGUGCGGAUCCCUGCAAUGUCAACUGGGAUCAGGUCGUCCGAUGUUUCCAGGACUCGAUGAGCUGUACGCUAGGACCAUCAUCUCUAUGAAGGGCACGGAGUAUGAGUGCAAGACUACUAGUGGAACCAUCAACCACUUAGAUCUACCAGACUUGGGCCUAGUCAGAGACGGUACACCAUGUGGCGACAACCUGAUCUGUGUGAACCAGUCGUGCACCAGUAUAUUCCCUUACAUCGAUCAAGGCAGAUGCCCGAGCAACCACAACAACCUGGAGUGUUCGGGACAUGGGACAUGUUCCAACAUCAACAAGUGCUACUGCAACUUGGGCUGGAGUGGGGCGGACUGUUCGAUCCAGAUCGAGAUCAUCCCCACCCUGGAGCCGACUAAUGAGGCAUCACAUGUCACCAGCAAGAAUGAUGACCUCUCCGACCAAAUGCAGAAGAAAGAGACCCCCUACGAGAACUACCAUAGCACGAACACGGUAUUCCUAGUAGGUACCCUGAUGUCCGUGGUAGGGGGGGUGUUUGUAACGUUUGCCCUGAUGGCUCUAUGCUACAGGUCAGUUGUAGUUCACAAAAACUUCUCCCUCUGCCUAAGAAGAAAGAGCACUGUUCCUGCUAAAUACGAUACUCCGUACGUGAAGAAGCCGAUGGUGAAGAAGUCAUUCGGGAAGGCCACUAAUCCAGAGGAGGCGGCAGUCGACAGUGUCAACAAGAUCAUCACGUUCGGCAACAUGCCAGUCUACAGCAGAGGGGACUCCCAAAGGGCAGUAUACCGGCCGGUAAACCAUAUGCCGGGAGGCGGUGUACCAUCUAGAUACCAGGAACAUCAGAUGAAACAAAUGAAAAGGCAUCCUGGAGGCUCUGGCAGUGAAGAUGACCCUACACACUCAGGUGAGGAAGAGACAGUCUCAUUCAUCGACUUGCCACCAAACAAUCUGUCCAAGCUGCCAGAAAAGGGAAUUCUGAAGAAGCCUUGUCCCUACGGAGGUGACGUUUGCAUGAAGGAGAAAUGGGCAAGCGAAGGUGAUUCCCAGAGUGACAACCAAGAGAUACUAUCACAGUCGGACAACAACCUCGGACCUGACAUGAUGGCUGGGGGAGCCAUCUCAGAGGUGGAGAGAACGCUCAAGUCACUGAAUGGCUACCAUGAGGACAUACUGGAGGCACUGCGGACGGCUGCGUCACACCACAGGCCCUCCUCAGCUACCCCGGCCAGCUCCAGCAGUGAAGAUUUGCUGCGGCGAAGUCUCGCUGCUGCGGUGGAGCAUGGUUACAAGCGAGCACUCAGCCAGGACAAACUCUGUGAUGGCAGCCACUCGCAGUCACAAACCCACACUGUGAUGGUGGAGGAUCCGUCUGCAUCAUCUCUUAUGCAUCAUCACCAUCGGAGCAACCACCGGAGUGAUGCAGACGAUGACGAAGAUGAUGAUGUGCCCCCUUCAUGUGGUCCUAUUCGGAUAAGGAACCUGGAAGACUUGAUCCGUCAGCUAGAGCACCACUCAGCUCGCCACAUGAGCCCUUCCGGAUCAGAGGACAUCCGGAUGUCUGAAACAGAGGCAGACCGACAUUACAGGCUGGACACCCAAUCCGGCAGUCGUCUACGAAGAGGGGAGGAGGAUGCGAGGUUCGUCUACGGGCGGGUACCGGCAGCCGAGUGGCCGCGGGCCCGCCCCCUACCACCUCGCAGAGGAGGAGGGCAUCUACGAGACCGCCGACACGGAGCGGGGGCCCGCCCCUUGCCCCGCGGACACCCCCGACAGCGAGAGUUUUCGUGGUUGUGGGCGUGAUUCUGGUCCUCCACAACAAAAACGUAAUUACUUAUAAUUUGGUUUUUUCUUCUUUUGUAUUAUACCCAUUUUUGAUUUGACGUCCCUUGUUGGUGUUUGACUUUUUGGAUACUUCAUGACUGAAGAAAAACAUUCAAUUCAGCACGCAUCAACACUUUUUUUAUUAAUUUUCUUUUUAGUACUAUGAUUGCAUUAAAAUGUUUUGUUUCAUUAUACUUU